AUGGCCCCCCGUCAGCCUGCAAAGGAGCAGGGGUACCUCUCUCCUUCGUCCACCCGCCAGCCCGGCCCAGACUACAUCAACCAGGAUCUCGCAGACGCAGUCAGAGACUCUGUCCAGAUCAAAUCCGCCGCCUCAUCUCACCGAAGCGACUCCCGCCAAAACCAGGGCCUCCUUGACGACGACCUGCCCCGCAAUCACACCCACGCAGGCAUCCUGCUCAACACCAACAACAAACCAUCUUCGCGUUCUCCUGCACUUACAUCUCUCGACCCGCUCGUCCCCCGUCGCACCGCUUCGCCCGGUACCGCUGGGAACCCUGCGUACCACCACCAGCAGUACGACGCGUUCCCGCCUUCGCCCGACGACGAUCUCGACCAUAUGGCGUCUGUCAGUACUGGCCAGCCCGCCCUGCCGUCCUCUAGGAUGGCACAGCUCUCCAAUCCGUUCGCGGACGACGAAAUCGAGCCGCCUGUUGGCCGAGUCAGGCCGCCCGGGGCCAAGGAUUAUGCAUAUGAACAGGACGGGACAGUCCAACCGCGAAGGGCCAAAUUCACCAGGGCUCAUACUGGUACCGCUUCCACUGGCUCCGCCUUCCACCUGCUUGGCUCCCCCGAGUCUAACAGCAAAGUUCGCCCUCGUCGUUCCCUGUCGACAGAUUCUUAUGGCGUCGACCCCAAUGUUCAGGAGUUGACCGCGGGACAGAAGAAGAAGCUGGCAGACAAAAAGGGGAGCAGACAUGCGGACGUGAUUGAUACUUGGGACCCUACAGGAAUGGGAAGUGCAAGUGAGUCAUCCGCUGGACCAUACGACGCCGCUGCCCCGUCCCGCAACAACAAUGCCCCCAACACCAAGGCUCCCAUGCGUGCAUUCGGUAAAGAAGCCAAACCAGCUGCCCCGCCCCCUCCUCAGCGCGGCCCUUCCUCCAUCUCCCUCUCCGCCCCCGCCCCUCCCGCCAAAGACUCGCCCAAAGCCGAGCAAGCCGAGCGACGCCGACCCGGUCGAUCUAUUCCAGGCCAACGCCCUGGAGGCGGAGGCUUGACUGGGCAGUACUCGACUAGCAUGCCGACUGACGGGGGUUACUUUCCCAACGACGGGGGUGAGCCGCAGGAUGAAGCUUCGAUAUUGAGAAUGGAAAAGCAGAAGGAGAGGGAGGCCAAGCGGAUGGCUUUGAAGGCUGCUUGGGGUAUCGACACGCCUGAGCCGUUUGAAGACUAUGGCAGAUCGCCACAAGAAGGUACCAUCGACAUCACCGAAGAACUCUAUUCCCCAGAGUCUGUUUCGGCCCCUCUUCCUGGUGGCCGUCCUAUGCGCUCUCCCGGCUCGCGCUUCGGCCCCAUGUCCCCAUCUAUCCAAGGAGAAGGCGGUGUUCCUUCCCCCGGAUCAGAAACUGCCCCCUCAUCUAACCCUCGAGGUGGCGUGGUCACAGCGACCAAUGUCCCUCCUGGCGGCAUCAAGCGUACCAAGAGCUUGAUGCAGAAAAUUAAGACUAUGGUGCGUCAUAAACAGGAUUCAGAUCCUACGUCGAACUCGGCAUCUCUUGAAAGUGGCAGUUAUGGUGGAACCCCGGGAGCUGGAAUGGCGGGGAUGGGAAUGGCGGAGAGAAGUCGAAGCAUGAGCGCUGGAAUCUCUGGUGCGGGGUCGGGAGAUGUGUCUCAUGACCGUCCACCCUUCUCCCCGUCCUCAGGAUCUGCGAUGCUCAGCCCCAGCUUGACGGAUUCGCCUGUCGUGGAAGAGACCGAGUUUGAGUUGAGAAGCGGUAGCGGUAAUCAGUACGGGGGAUACCCCGGUCUUGCGACCACGGCUGCUCCCAACCAAGGUGGAGGCGAUGGAUUGGGGCUAUGGAAGGGCGAGAGGAGGGCAGGGUGGUGA